AUGGCUGCACCAAGCAGUCCAGCAGAGGAUGGUCUGCCAGCCUCACCGCUACUGCGCUUACCAGUGGAAGUACGCCUCAUGAUUUAUGAGUACAUGCUGUUCCCAUCGUCGCAACCUACGACGACUCAUGGCACCUCAGUCACGAACCUACUUCCCGACUUUCACACCUACCUCUCGGAAGACACAAACAACGGUCCUUUCACACUGAGCGUCCGAACAAUCGAUCCUUGGCUAGGUGCCCAAGCAAGCCGAACAUGGCGACGCCGAAGCACAUAUCAUGUCAGGACCGGUCUCUUUCUGACCACCACAACGCCGACAACGUACCGCGUCCUUCUUUCGCCAUACACUGCACACUUGCGCUACACAGUGCCGUCUUUGCUCAGCAUCAACCGCCAGAUCCACGCUGAAGCUUCAAGAAUUCUGUAUUCCACGUACACAUUCGCAUUUCACACUUCCAUCGAGGCAGCUGUACCCUUCUUGAGCGACCUCACCCCGUUUUCGCGGAGCCACGUCAAACGUCUGAGCAUCACGAAGAAAGCUCUACCAUACACCAAAGAAUUCGACCGCGCGGAAUGGGAGAAUCUAUGCGCCUACCUCGCAAACGCUCCCAGGAACGUCCCAAACGUACCGUCCAUGUUCCUCGAGAACCUGCACCUGAACAUCAUAGCCGGUCGCCCCGACAGCGGUUGGGAGCACAUCGUCGCCCCGACAGCGCAAGACUACGCAACUAUGAUGCGCAUGAAGCAGCAGUGGGGUGGCGGAAGCAUGGGCGGCAUGGAUCUCGAGUGGGCGGAGCAGCUGAUGCACAUACAAGGGCUGAGGAGCGUUAGUGUCAAGGCGCUGGUUGAGCAUUGUGCUAAGCCGGUGAGUGAAAAGUUAGCGUUUUGGGUCGCGUUUAGUAAGAGUGUUGAGGAGGGGGGGUUUGGGGAGUGGGUUAGGGGGGGUAUGGUUGGGCAUUAG